UUUUUCCAUUCAUUUUCUUUAUUCUCUGUUCCUUUAUUUCCCUUUUAAGAUAGAUUUCUUCUCUAAACAAAUUAGUAAUUACAAGUUAUGCAGGAAUUUGCAGCAAACAGUGAAAUCUCGAAAACAGAGGAGUUUUCAAAUAAUCCAGAAAUUCAAGAAACUGAGAUAACACACGAAGAAGUUAAAGAGAGCAACAAUUUAGAUACUAAAUGUGGAGAAAAAACGGAGAAAACUGCUGAAGUUGUAAUAGAUAUUGAUAAAAAAACAGAGUGUAUUGAUGAAAAUCAAGUAAUAGAAAUUGUAUGUCGAAUAUGUCAUUUGAAUGAUGAAACUAUAGAGAUUUUGCAGCUUGGUUGUGAUUGUAAAGGUGAACUUGGUGUUUGUCAUCGCCAUUGUGCUGAAGCAUGGUUCAAUCAGAGAGGCAACAGAUCAUGUGAAAUAUGUGGGAAGACAGCAAAAAAUGUGGAAACAAGAACAUUAGCAGAAAGGCAGAACAGAAUAAUGGUGAUAGAAUGGAACCAAAGGGCAGUAGAAGCCAGAAGAAGUUCAUAUAUAACCAGUUCCUCGGCUGCAACACGCGAUGAUUGUAGAUGGAGAUGUCAACAAUCCUGCUCUCUUAGGUUUCACUUGGAUUCAGAGGAGUCUAUUAGAACUGGCAAAAGCAUGAUAAGAGGCAAAUUAAUUAAACUCACGAGGAAUGGUGGAACACAUUUUAACAGAGAGUACCUAAAAGAGAGCACAAAGUUCCCAGGUCACAAAUUGCCACCUCAAAGUGCAUGUUUGAUUUGUGCCUGA